CACUUUAGAACAAAUAACAGGGCGACGAGGCGUGCCAUGGCUGCAGUGUUGUUAUUGGGCAGCACGUUAUCCACAGCAUCCAACUCUCGGGACAGCUCAACCCUGUCCACCGGCCUGCUGCGAUCCAAUUACCCCGUCAUCUGCGCAUCCGACCCGGGACAUCUCCUCUGAAAGACUCUCUGCUGAGGCACGCAGAGACAGCAGCCAGGGUUUACGCAAAAACACAAGGAGCAGGAAGUGGGUACAACUGUCUGGAGCAGGUUCGACGGGUGUCCCUGGGAAAGCUGACUCUUCCCAACAACCAUGUUGAACGAGCGCACCCCUCUGAUCUCCUCAGGGGUUUGUGGUCUGAAUGUGGCCGCUGCAGCAUGCGGCGCAAAGACAGACACCAGCCCUGACUCUGGCUCUGACACACCCACUAAAGACCCCCGACAACUGGACACAUUUUUUGGUGUGAUGGUGCCAACCAUCCUCUCCAUGUUCAGCAUUAUUCUGUUUCUGAGAAUGGGGUUUGUGGUGGGUCAUGCGGGGCUGCUACAAGGACUUUUAAUGGUGUUUGUAGCCUACACCAUUAUAUCUCUUACAAUACUGUCCAUCUGUGCUAUUUCCACCAAUGGGGCUGUACAGGGUGGUGGAGCCUACUACAUGAUAAGUCGCUCUUUGGGCCCAGAGUUUGGAGGAAGCAUUGGUUUGAUGUUCUUCCUCGCCAAAGUAUGCGCAUGUGGAGAGUACGUUCUUGGACUUGUUGAGGCCAUCCUUGACAUAUUUGGAACAAAUCCUGACACACACCUAGCUGAGGGGUUCCGAUUGCUCCCUCAUGGUUACUGGUACAAAGUGCUCUACUCAUCAGUAGUCCUUCUGCUGUGUCUGAUUGUGUGUCUUGUGGGCGCCCACAUCUAUUCCCGCACUGCCUUCGUCAUCCUGCUGAUUGUCACGGCAUCCUUGCUGGCCAUCUUCAUCAGUUCUGUGGCAGUCAAACCUUUUGAUUUCAUUAUAACCCAUCAAGGACCUGGCAACGAGACCAUCCAGUUUAAUGCCAGCUACACGGGCUUCAGCUCCACCACUAUAAGAAACAACCUGGACUCUGGUUAUUCGUUGGACUACAGCACCAACACUACCAUGUCUUUUUCCACCGUGUUUGCUGUCUUUUUUACCAGCUGCACUGGGAUCAUGGCUGGAGCCAACAUGUCAGGGGAGCUGAAGAAUCCAAGUAUUGCCAUCCCUAAAGGCACCGUCACUGCUGUCUUUUACACAUUCUUGGUCUAUGUCCUUCUCCUCCUCAUGGUCAGCGCCACCUGUAACAGGACACUGUUGAUUCAGGAUUAUGGAUUCCUGCAGAAAAUAAACAUCUGGCCGCCGUUCGUCACGACUGGGAUUUACUGCGCUUCUCUGUCAGCUGCAAUGUGCUCUUUGAUAGGAGCGUCACGUAUCCUCCAUGCGCUCGCUGUGGAUCAUCUCUUUGGUUUGCCAUUAGCUCCAGCUACCAUCACGUCAAACUCCGGGAACCCAUGGGUGGCAGUACUGUAUACAUGGGGUCUAGCUCAGUGUGUAGUGUUUGCAGGCGAGCUCAACUCUGUAGCAGCUUUGGUGACAGUUUUUUACCUGCUCGCCUAUGCUGCUGUUGACCUGGCCUGUUUGGCUCUGGAGUGGGCAUCUGCACCAAAUUUCAGACCAACCUUCCAGUUCUUCUCUUGGCACACCUGUCUGCUGGGCAUCCUGAGCUGCUUGGUGAUGAUGUUUGUCAUUAACCCCGUAUAUUCCUCGGGCAGCAUCGUCCUCCUGCUACUGCUGCUUCUUUUCCUCCACUACAGAUCGCCCACCAGCAGCUGGGGCUACAUCAGCCAAGCUCUGAUUUUUCAUCAGGUGCGUAAGUAUCUGUUGAUGCUGGAUGUGAGGAAAGACCAUGUGAAGUUCUGGAGGCCUCAGGUGCUGUUAAUGGUGGCCAACCCUCGCUCUUCCUGCCAGCUCAUCCUGUUUGUCAACCAGCUGAAAAAGGGAGGACUGUUUGUGUUGGGCCACGUGCAGCUGGGAGAUCUAGACACCUUGCCGACAGACCCAGUCCAGCAGCAGUACAACUUCUGGUUGAGCCUGGUUGAUAAACUGGAUGUGAAAGCCUUUGUUGACCUCUCACUGUCCCCCUCUGUCAGACAGGGGACACAGCAUCUGCUGCGAAUCACAGGCCUAGGUGGCAUGAAGCCCAACACCCUGAUAUUGGGUUUCUAUGACAGCUGCACUCCAGACGACUACUUCCUGCAAGACACAGCGUUCUGUAACUCUUCCAUGGGACUAGGGGGUGAGGGCGAGUAUAAUUUCGGGGUAGACCUGCCUUCACUGCAGGCCCACUUCCCCCCGGUCCGACAUGUUGAGAGCCCACGCUCGAUGUCACCUGAGGAAUAUGUAGGGAUCAUCUCUGAUGCCUUAAAAAUGGGAAAGAACGCCUGCCUUGCCCGCUAUUUCUUCCAGUUGGAGGGAGAGGAUAGAGAAAGUAAGGUGGAUGGCUCUGAGCGGACUAUAGAUGUGUGGCCUCUCAACCUGCUCCAGCCCGGCAGUCGUGAUUACGAGGAUGUGUGUAGUCUCUUCCUGCUUCAGAUGGCCUGUGUGCUCAACAUGUCCAGCAAGUGGCGCGGUGCCAGAAUGAGAAUCUUUCUGAACGUGGAGACCGAGUCCAAUGACCAGGGUUGGGUGGUAAACGAAGAGGCGUUCAGAGAGCUGCUGAAGAAGCUGCGGAUCAGGGCGUCCAUAAAGAUCGUGCCAUGGGACACUGUGGUCAGCACCAAAUUCAGCCAACCGGAGAAACCAAAACACACUCUGUCCGAGGACUUCCUGUCUGCAGUGAACUGCAUGCUGCUGGAGCACAGCUCACAAGCUGCUGUUCGCUUCCUGUAUUUGCCUCGGCCUCCUGCUCACCGCGGCCACGCACAGCAGUAUUUGGCUCAGUUGGAAGCAGUCACCAAUAAUCUAGGGCCAACGCUGCUGAUUCAUGGCGUCACCCCAGUCACAUACACAGGACUGUGAGCAUGAGCAGUCACCACUUGUUGUCAUGUUCUGUCACUUGAUAAUGUAUAUGCAGCUGCAUCUUAUCUUUCGGCUCAUUUUAGCACAAGUACAAACUCUAGUUUCAUGUCAAAUUAACACGUAACUUAAUGAAUGGAUGCUUGGGUAUAUGUAUGUAUGUAUGAAGCUCAGAAAAGACCAGAGUUGAAUGCUGUUUGAACAAAACACCACUUGAAACCACUUCAUUGCAUUCAAAGAGGAUAUUUGCCGAUCUUCUUUUACUUGAACUGCUAAGUGAUUGAGUCUAAUAAUGGUGCGAUGCCAUUGUUUGUGUGCCUGAUUUGUGUUGACAUAAUCUUGUGUUGUCAUUACCUUAGGACUGUCGUUUUACACAUGACAGAAAAUAAAUGUGUCAAAGACUCUUCAGAGUAAAAUGUCACGGGUUGUUUUGAGCUUUACAGAUAAUCUAAGACAUUAAAAACAUAGAUUUGUCUAUUUAUAAUUGCAGGGAUGAAAAGAUGAACUUGUAGUGUUGAUGGUAUCAGUUCACCAUGGUGAAAACUUCUGUCCUGGAUCAGUUUAUAAAAUAAUGUAGUGUCACUGCAUAAUCAUUGUUGUUUUAAAGCCCUAUGUAUUUGUCUUUUUGUUUUAUACUGGUGUUCUCACAUUGUUGCUGGUGUCUGGACCAAUGAUGCAAAGACAAUUUGUUACUGAGUUGACUCAAGUACUGCUUUUUAUUUUCAAAGCACUUUCUGCAAACACAUUUCUUCUUCUGUUACAUGUGAAGGGUUCACAAAUCUUCACCAUCUUAACAGUUUUGUUUAUUUGACCUCAAAAUAAUGAACAGCGUUUUCUGCUGUUGUAUGUGCUAACUUACAUUAAACAUUCAGUAUUUGUGCUUAAUCUCACAGAAAGUCAAGAAUACACAGAAUAAGAGUGUACUAAUGCCUAAACUGUUACUUGUUUCCUAUUCCACCUCAGUCCGGAUGUGGACCAAUGAUGAUUCAGACCAAAUUAAGAAUGAAACCAGAGCUAGUUUACAAUUAAUUUAAUGUACCAAAAUAUGUCACUGCAUUCUUGUCAUGUUUCCUUUUAUAGCGUUACAACAAUCACUUGGACCGCUCAGUAGUUGCUGAAAAAGCCAUCUGCACAUUUUGGCAUGUCCCACCUUGAGCUGUAUUUAAUGGUCAAUGAGAAAGCCUUAAAGGACUGACAUUUGUUAAUGAUGGUCUUCACUGUAGAUGUACAUAAUAAACAGCUGUUUGUCAAUGGA